AUGCCCCCCUCGAUGGCGGACCAACAGCGCGGCUACUCGCCGCGGCCGCCUUUUGGCAGACAUCUUCAACUUUCCCCGACAGUAGCGACGAUAGCACUGGCAGUCUCUUUUGCACCGAUGACGCUAGCACACGGAGGACAUCACGAAGACAAGAUCCCGGAGGGGCAGACCAUCUCUCCAGACCCCAUCGAUGCCACGCUAUGGGUUCACAUCUUUCUGCAAGGCUUUGCCUUCGGGAUACUCUUCCCGUUGGGCAUGGUGCUGGGGAUCAUUAAAAAUCGCUGGCAUGUCCCAUUGCAAGUUCUAGCAACAACAAUAUCUCUUCUCGGCUAUGCCCUCGGCCAUCUUCACAGCGGCCGACAGUUCCAUCCUAAGAAUGUACAUGCGAUGGCUGCAAACCCCCUUUUCCUCCUUAUGACCGGACAGGUAGUGCUCGGCGCAUACUUGAAGCUUCACCUCGAAAAGGGCAUCCACGGUCGCAUUCGUCCGUUCAUUCGACUACUUCACAGCAUCAAUGGCAAAGCCUUCCCCAUAUAUGCUUGGGUACAGAUGGUAUUCGGUGGAAUCACGGCAUUAGGAUUCUGCCAGGGAGACCACCUGGGCCAGUGCCUGGCACACUUUAUUAUGGGCGGCGCUUUCAUUGCCUACGGUGUGAUCCUGACUAUCAUGCUGCUGGUCGGCCAACUUUGGCUCCGUCGCACAGGUCGCAGCCAGGAGUUUUUCGACAGUGCUGUUAUCGCCGCCUGGGGCUGUGUCAAUACCUUCACAGAACAUCGUUGGGGUACUGAGUGGGUCAAGAAUGAUUGGCAGCAUACAACGAUGGGCAUUAUCUGGUGGAGUGCCGGUCUUGUUGGCAUUUGGUUGAGUCGUGGCAGAGACGGUGCCCCAAGACGCAACUUCAUUCCCGGUUUCGUCAUCUUGAUUACCGGUUGGGCCAUGUCUGCUCAUCCGCAGGAACUCAUGAUCAGCGCCGAAACCCACAAGAUGUUUGGUUACACCCUUAUGGGUGCCGGUUUGGCACGCAUUGUUGAAAUUGCCUUUAUUCUGAAGGACAAGGCUAGUCUGUCCGAAGAUCCGACUGAGAUCAGCAGUUUCCAGUAUAUUCCUGUAUUUCUCCUCUAUGCUGCCGGUUUCCUGUUUAUGGGCGCAACGGAAGAGCAGAUGGCACUUGUUUCUGGCUCAGGUAUCGAUCAUGUCGCCUACACCCUCAUCCUCUACAGCUUGGCCUCGCUACUGUUUCUCUUUGUCAUGGCUCUUAUUCACAUCUAUGACCGUGCGGUUAAUCCGAAUCCGAAACACAAGUCAAUCGCACUUGGUAAUGGACGUGUUCCCAGUGGUGCCGAAGAUGUUCGCAUCCGUGACGCCAAUGAGUUCGAGUUAGAUGGCUUAGUUAGUGACGAUGAGGAUGAGGAGUCUGCUGCUCGGCGAAAGCUCCUUCGUGAUGACGGCACAGAAAUUGAGGCACCUCUCGGCAGCGCCAGCACACUUGGCGGAAAUAGCCAGCGAGUUGUCUCAUGA